AACAUUCAUCUUUCGUCUCGACACGCGCUCCCAAUCCUCCGCGCGGACCUCACUCUGCCCUUCAGUCGCGCGACCGGCUCUCCCGAACAAUCAUCCAACCGGCCCCUUCCACAAUGGCAACACAUCAACCCUUUCCUUCGCGACCAUACACCUCCGGCCUGACACGCGGAACCGGCGGCGCGCAAAACGUGAACACCUUCGGCACAACACCAUACGCCUCUCAGACACCGUUCAAUCCACAACAAUCACAGCAAGUGCCGCUGCCGCAGCAAUCGAACCCUGCGGGACUCGGAGCAACACAACAACAACGCGAAGCGCAGCGCUUAGAACGAGAAAGACAUGAGCGUGCGGAGCGGGAACGGCGAGAAGCUGAAGAGAGGGAAACGCUGGAGCAGUUGUCGGAGGAGCAAAGGGAGGAGAUAAAUGAAGCUUUCUCGCUCUUCGACCUCGACAAAGACUCCCACAUCGACUACCACGAACUCAAAGUCGCGCUGAAAGCCCUCGGCUUCGAAGUCCCCAAAUCCGAACUCCUGCAAAUCCUCCAAUCCCACGGCGUGCCCGCUUCCGCACUGCAGACCUCAGCAAGUACGUCUAAAGCGCCCGUACCACAACAACCGACAUUCUCAGGCCCUUCGCGACUACUGCUCAGUCAUGCGGCGUUCACCUCUGUGGCAGCACAGCGAAUAUUGGCGAGAGACCCGAGGGAGGAGAUCUUGAGGGCUUUUGAGCUAUUCGAUGCAGAUGGCAAGGGCAGAAUCGAGUUGCAGGACUUGAGGAGGGUCGCGAGGGAGUUGGGCGAGGGACUGCAGGAGGAGGAACUGGCGGCGAUGAUUGAGGAGUUUGACAUUAGAGGUGAAGGAGGGAUUGGUAGAGAUGAGUUUGUCGGGAUCUGUAUGGGAGGGUAG